GUCUGGUCAUGUCAUUGUCAAAAACCUGAUCUUAAUAAACUUGUUAUUGGAAUGUAUGUACCUGCUGUUGAGUGCUGAUUUCCAUUUAAUGUUUUUGUGGAUGAAAUCAUAUUAUGUUGAAAUAAUAUCGCCUUUGAUCAAAAUUCUAAAGCCGAAAUUCAAUUCUAUAACUUAGUUCACGCCAUUAUAGUCACACGGAUAUUACUUACAAUAUUUUUUGAAGUAAAUAACAAUGAAGGCUGCAUUGAUAUUUGAUAGUGUUAACGAUCUAGUGUUUGGAAAAUGGGACUCCUCUUUCAUAGAACGUAUGAAAACGUUCAGUGUUCAGGAGAACCAAACUGAUGUAACAGAAAGUGAUACUGUAUCACAACUUUUGGCGCCCAUUAUAACUUCACAGCGGGUUAUGGCUGCUCAGUUUGGAAACACCUACUCUUCAAUACAGUGCAAGGAUAAGACAACUAUUGUUUUUGAUGAGUGGCUUGAUCAUGUGUUUAUGGUUAUCAGUGAAGAUUAUGUAGAUGAUGCCCACAGAGAACUGUUGGACUUCAAGACAUUUGUCCAGCAUAUUUGUGGACAAAACAUUAAUUUUCUACAUUCGUCAAUAUACCAAGACUGGCUUUCGGUACUACUGGACAGCCGCACCAAGGGUGACACAAUACCUGGCGCUAAUGGAGUCAUUGGUGAGAGUGGGGCAACAAUGGCUGCCCUCAAUGCCCUGAAAGCAACUUCAAAGGAUAUCAAAUUGCCCCACCAACAUAGUCAUUUUAUGUUAUUUGUUGGGGAUAAGCUGUUGGCAUUGUAUUCAAGUCGCGGAAGUGAAGACUUAUCACCACCUGAUCUGAUUUUACUGAGCAUACAAUGUGUUGCUGCUCAGGAGUAUUGGAAAGAUGUUAGUGAUGAAGAUUCCAAUGAGAAUCGGGAGAUAAUCCGUUUACCUUGGUUGUCAACUGAGAAUAGUGCUAUAGUGAACUUAUGUGCGGGCUCCGCGGCCAGCCCUUGCGCGCCGCACUCCAUACACUUAGCUGAAGUUGCGCCGCGUAUUACUUUCGUUGUCGUUGUCGACAUGGACUUAAGGGAAGUGGGCAUUGCUGCAUACAUGUCGAAUCAGAUACUUGCCAAUUUGAGGAGACUCUUGUUGCAAAGGAAUUUAGAGUUGCUGCCUAAUACCCUUGAUGCUUUGGAGACUUCUAUAAAGAAAACAACAGAUUCCUUACGCAAGAAUAAAGCGCAUUCAAAUCUUUGUGCUCGUUUGACAAGCCGUAUGUUGGAACUGCGCAAAUCUUGCACUACAACCACGCCCCUUACACCAGAAACGACUGCCACGGCGAUGCAUACGGCGCUAGAGGCCGUUAUAGAACAACUGAAACCUGACAUCCCUGGUCUCAAGAUGGAACAACCCUUGAAAGAUCUGAGAGGAAUAUUAGCGCCGUACGUCGAGUUCCUGUGUGUGAAAGCGAAAAGAUUCUUCAGUUUGGGAUCGGGCGAGACAGAUGCGAGUUGUUCCCUAACGCUGCACAAGUAUGUGGAAGAGUUCCCCGGACUUAUACACUUCAUAUACGUGGACCGCACCACGGGGAGGUUCCUGGCUCCCGACAUGGCGGACUGCGCCGAUAUGUUGGCGCCAAAUACGGUGCGUCGCGCCGUGUGCCGCAGCUUCGGCGUGGUGCGCGAGGGCUACUGCGCGGCGACGUGGCGGCGCGGCGCGCUGCACGGCUGCGCGCUGGUGUGGUGGGAGCGGCGCGGCCAGCCCGUGCGGCCCGCGCGGGCCCCGCACCCCGCCGCCGUGCGCGCGCUGCCGCCGCCCGGGGACAUACUCGGCGCCUUCUACAGGCAGCUGCUGGAACUGGCGUUCCCGGGUGAUACUCGCGGAGUAGCAGUCAAGGAACUAAUCUGCAUACAUUUGGGUCUGUUGCCUGCGUCCACGGCGGUCCAGCAGGCUCGCCGGCUAGCGCACUCAGUACACGAGUUGGCAGGAGAAGUAUCUACUGGGGCCGCUGACCUAUUGUAAACCGAGCAUAGACGCUCAAAACAAAACAAAAUACAUUUCUAGUAUCUUUCCCUGAGUACAAUUCGAGUUAUCGCGACGAUGAUUGUUUCUUGUGGAACUCGUGUACUCAUAUACCUUGUGGAAGUGGUUUCUAAAAUCUCAAGUAGUUAGGUGGGUACUUAAUUUUGUUUGCUUUCGUAUCUGAUACCAACUUUGGGUAGCAUAUAUUUGUAUUACACAAUAUAAUAAGUGAUAUUCAUACUGUAUUACUAUCUACGACAUUGAUAGGUGUAGUUCAUAUUUUAAUGGUAGCUUAUUGGGGUAGCUAUGAGUAGAAAUGUUUAUUGAUAUUACCAAUUUAGGGUUAAUAUGGGGUCCAUAUGUGCUGUAUAAUUCCAUUCCAAGUAAAAAGAAUUGCACAUAUAUUAAACUAGCUUUUCGCCCGCGGCUUCGCCCACGUCGAGGUCGGUUAUAUCGCGUUUCCUAGAGAACUCUU